CUCCAAUCAUUCAUAUAUAUACACCCAUCAUUUUCAUCUAACUAAUCAGUUCUUUAUUUUGUUUUGAUUGCUAAUACAAAAGAAAAGAAAAGCAAAAGGAAAAUAUUUUAGAAGGUGAUUUGAUUUGACCAGAAAUGGAGGUGCAGUUGAAGAGGAGAGAGAAUGGUAAUGUUUUGGAGAGAGAAGGAAAAAUGAUGGAGUCGUCGAGUCCAGAGGCGAAAUUAGGGAUGAGAGUGGAGGAUAUUUGGGAUAAUUUAGAAGCUCAACUUAGUCCUACCGAUAAACUUAAUGCUUGUUUUGAGAGUAUUCCUGUUUCUUCCUUUCCUCUUGCUCAAGCUUCCAAAGUUGAAAUAAAAUCGAACUGCAGUCUGGCUGAAGCUGUUAGCAUACUUUCUCAGCAUAAACUUCUUAGUGCGCCUGUUGUCGAUGUUGAAGCGUCAGAUGAUGCUACUUGGAUUGAGAGAUAUAUUGGGAUUGUGGAGUUUCCUGGAAUAGCUGUUUGGAUACUGCAUCAGUCAGAAGAUGAUGAAUCAAACCGAGUUUUACCGUCCCCAAAGAGCAACAGCAGUGCUGCUGCAGUGAACACAAAUGGAGUGAAUAGGGCCACAAAACUAGAAAGAAGCAUGAGCCCAAGAUCAGCUGCAAUGACAUCUGGAAACUUCUUUGGAGCACUUACUGCUUCGGAGCUGUAUAAGAAAACAACGGUUCGAGAUAUUUCGGGGUCAUUUCGGUGGGCUCCAUUUCUAGCCUUACAAGAUACAAACUCUAUGUUGACUGUCCUGCUACUGCUCUCAAAGUACAAAAUGAAAGGUGUUCCUGUUGUUGGUGGUGCAAAGGUUGAGAAUAUAAUAACUCAGUCUGCUGUUAUCCACAUGCUAGCUGAGUGUGCCGGGCUUCAUUGGUUUGAAAACUUUGGAACCCGAAAGCUCACUGAAAUUGGUCUUCCACUGAUGAGUCCUAAGCAAGUAGUCAAGGUCUAUGAGGAUGAACCGGUUCUUCAGGCCUUCAAACUGAUGAGGCUAAAAGGUGUUGGAGGGAUUCCUGUUGUUGAUUACGAUGGAGCUAAAGCAGUUGGUAAUAUUAGCAUAAGGGACGUUCAAUUUCUUUUGACUGCUCCAGAGAUAUACAAGGAUUGCAGAUCCAUCACUGCUAAGGACUUCUUACUUGCUUCAAAGAAGUACAGAGAAGAGCACCAUGAGGGGUCAUCACCUCCACUUAGUGGGAUGAUUACAUGCAAAAAGGAUGACACUCUCAAGAAAGUUAUCCUCACCCUUGACUCUCUGAACAUCCAUCGUAUCUACGUGGUUGAUGAAGGCGGAUGUCUUGAAGGUGUCAUUACGCUGAGGGACAUCAUCUCAAGGCUUGUACAUGAGCCUCGCAACUACUUUGGUGAUUUCUUUGAUGGAGUCAUACCAAUGCCAGCUAAUAGUAGAGUAUGAGCGACCAACAUCUUAACAUGCAUGUUUUCUCGGUCAGAUUCUGAUCUCAGAUCAUCGUCAGCUAACAGGAUAGAAUGAUAUAUAUGAAUGAUAAUAAUGUAAGUGGUGGUACCAGAAAUGAUAAAUCUAGGUCUCUGGAAAGAGGCCGUUGUAUUUAGCUAAGCUAAGGGUUCAUAUCAUUGGCUCCCCUGUUGUAUUAUAUGCGUAAUAAUAGAUGGAUGCUUCCUAACCGAUCCAUGAUAUGAGCAUUCUUGUAUGCUUUUUCUUUUUAAAAUAGAUUUUCACUUUCGUACUA